AUGGCCCAAAUUUAUGUCAACACCUCUGGUCGAGCGAACAAGAGCCGGCCAGUCUCUGCAGUGGAGAAAAGCAGGAUUGGGAGGUCGGGACGCGAUGGCGGUCGUCCAUCUUCUGCAGGGGUUCUGCGCUUUGGUGCAACAUUUUCCGGGAACCAAUCCAAUUUGAUCUCUGAAUCCGACAGCUCCAGGGCCUCGGAAGCUCCAAGGGGAAUGCGACUGACAGACACAGCAAAGGCAGAGAAGAUCCUGAACCCGUAUUAUGCAAGCAGUCGUGCCUCGUCAUCUGCAUCGUCCACGAGCAGCAGGCUGAAAAAUGCAAGUCUGAACUCAUCGAAGACCAGUGGCCGCCACCAGCUGUGGAUGAUCGGGCCCAAGACCACAACGAAAGCUGCCUGGGAUCCGGAUGAAACUGCUCUACACCGUGAUGCUCGAGGGAAAGAGAUGGACUCUGCGGGUUUCAAAGGCUCCGAUCGAAUGUCAAAGCUUGCUCAUUUUGGUGACACCAGCGACAAACAAAGUCUUUUAGAGGUCGAAGAACAGUUGAGGCAUCUCGCCAACACGUUCGGAUCACGUUCAAAGCAGGCAUUGCAAACCAGCGAGAAACUAGGAAGACUUUACAAUUCGAGGGCGAUGGUCAAUCUGCAAAGAGGAGAAAAUUCCAUUGCAUUCAUUCUGCUGCAAUGUGCUCAAAUGGUGAUUUCGGAUUUUGAAGGCUCUGUAGAUCUAGAGAGCUUGAAGGCUUUGACGUAUAACAACCUGGGUUGCUAUUUCCGUCGUGAAGGAAUGCCCAUGGAGGCGUUGAAGUGGUUACGUCAGGCUCAUGACAUAGAAGAACGAAUCGGAGAAGUCUCGUCUCGUGGUUCAACCUUCCUCAACCUAUGUGCGGUUUACUCGCUCCUGGGCAAACAUCUGAAUGCCCUCAACUGUGCGACCGAAGCAUUGAAGUAUCUGGACGUCCAGUCUCGCAAACCAGAAGUAAAAGGACAUGGGUCCGAGAGAACCGAUCGGGCUUCCAUGCUGGCAAUAGCUUACCACAACAUCGCUGUGGAACAGGUUUCACUAUUCCUCCAGUACAAGGAAUACUUGAAUCGGUACGAGGAUGCCAUUCGGUCGUAUCAGAGCGCACUGAAUGUGUUGGAAGUCCAAGGAUUGGAUAAGUCUAGCCUUGCAGGGAAACUGAGACUUGCCUUGACGUCUGCUCAAAAUUCCUUUCACGCAAAUGCAGUCGAUGAUGACUCUGUGGACUCUCGGAACAGCACUGCCAUGGAGAAACAUCUCUUGCACCGGGGAAAUCCAAAACCAAGCAAAGCUCCUUCUCAGGCAUAUGUAGCAAAGCCUGCCCUCGGCUCGAACGUUGGGAUUGAGGAAGCGAGGUCACCCAAGAAGUCGCGUGCAAAUCGAACUCCGAGCGGUUCCUCGGAUGCGAAAAUUAAUCGAGAUGGCGAUAGAGAUAUCAAGUAUGCAAAUGCAGGACGGAAGGACCCCAGUCCGACCACCAAUUUUGUUGAUGCAAGUUCAGCAGAAGUGCAGAAGAACAGUUUUGCCUACGAUUCAAACAUCGAUUGGCACAUCAAGGCAGGGGCAGUGAACGAGCAACACAGACUGGAUCCUGAUGACUCAAGAAACGACGAUCCAUCACACUCCAAGGAAGUAAAGAAACGAGAGAAAUCACCCGACUCUUCAUCGAGCAGGGAAAAGGGAAAGAGGCCACUCUCUGCUGCUAGACUCCCACUGGCCGAAGAUGAAUCGAGCGAAAGUCUUAUCCGAGAGGAGCCGAGCAAACUGAUUCAAUUGGCAGGAGAAUACGAAAAUGUUGAAGGGGACGCGGAGGCUGAGUCGGAUGCAGAAUCAGCGCUGCCGGGAGCGAGCAAGAAACAUGAAGGGGACAGGCACGAUGAGUCUUGUGACUUCGACGUGGCGUGUGCCAACGAUGACUCGCAAGACGCUGAUCUCAUCAACAAGAAUCGCCCGCUCUCAGCGGCUCGGCCAGCCAACGGAGCUCCUGAGCCAGCCAGUCGAGCUCGACAGUCUCGCAAAACUGCAAGACCGCGGACAGCAGGUCGAGACAGGAUGCACCAGGAGGACAGGGAAGAUCUCCUAGUGCUGAGCAGCGCGUCUGAUGAAGGCGAUGCCUACGAGUACCUGUCGGGCGAUGACGACGAUGAGCCAUCGGUGGUGAAUGCAAGGAAUGGGAACGAAGGGAGGGCGAUGAAGUACGAGAGCUCUGAUGUUGUCAAGGAGAUGAGCAGCAAGCUCUCGGGCCACUCUCAGAACUCGGCAAUGAAGGAGAAGAGGAACCCGUCCAGCCGUCCCCUUUCUGCUGGAGUCUCGUUCGGCUCCAUCUCGAGCAACUCUCACGCCUCAAGGCCGCAGUCCGCUCCCUCUCGUCGUCCUGGUCGGUUUCAGAGCCAGAGGGACAGAAGUCACAAGGACAAGGGCCUCGAGAAGGACGAGGAAGGCUUGAAGAGAAGCCUCGUGCAGCCUGCUCCAGGCACAACCAGCAAGGAUCGAGUACGACCAGCAGACAGUGGACAGCACAGGCUCACGAGCCGCGAAUCUUCAAAGGGGGAGGAGGGCUUCGUAGACGCUGAGGGCCCUGAGACGAGUUCGCAAGGGCACUAUAGAGACGCUUUCAUAGAAGAAGCUGAGGAGAGUGACGGCGACGAGCUGGACACGAAAGGUAUCCUGAUGGAACAGACCCGCGCAUUGAGCGAGGAGCUGCAGAAGGCAAAACAGCGGGAGCAGGAGCUUGAGCAGCGUCUGGCGAGACUAGAAGCAAGCGCCGUGAAGGGGGGGAAGGAGGAGGCCAAGGUUGAGGAUGGAGCGAGGGCGAGUCGAGCGGGAGUUGACCGCGCAGAGAGUCAGGAGAGCAGCAAGACCUUCUUCGGUCUUCCCGAGAUCGGUCUUGACUCCAUCGACGAAGACAGCAAGUGGCCUCGCAGCAAACCUGCACACCACCUGCUCGUCCACGCCAAGCCUCCGCUGCCAUCGACCACCUUGAGAGUUCCGUCCAAGUUCCCAGCAGCAUGGUCGUCACCGCAGGAGGAUGUGGAUGAGAUCCACGCACUAUCCGCGUCUCUGCGAAUUCUGGCCAACAAGUCGAAAGAUUCUUCUGGCACUCACUUCUUCCGCUCCGGCACUUCCUUCACUCCCGUUAUGAGCGCGUCGGAACAGGCAUGGAGCACACCAGUGGCCACAGACAGCCUCAGACCUGAGGGAAGGAGCCCGUGGGGGGACGCAUCACUCGGUCCGAGCGCGAGGAAGAACUCUGAUCCCGUACGGGAGGAGGGGAUGGCAGAGCUUUCGGACACGUCUUCGCGGGCAUCGUCGCAAUCUACGAGGCUCGCUCUCCGUCCCCUCCCAGCGAGGCGGAACAAGCGGCGGACAGGAGCGCAGCAACAGCAGGAGACAGAGAGAGAGGAGGAGCUGGCGACACAGUUUCGAGGAGUCAGGAGUGGGUGGGAAGAGGCAGGGACUUCGAAAGGAACUUUCAGCGAGGAGAGGACAAGGAGAGCUGCUGCUGUUCAUGUGCAGAGAGUCUUCCGCGGUCACCUGGCUCGCAAGUGGGUGCAUGCGGAGGAGGGAUGGGAUCUUGUGAGAGAGAUCAGGGGGAGAAGGGGAGAAGGGGGGCUUGAGGAGGCCGUCGCAGAACAUGCGAGCAAGAGAGAGGCAAAGGAGGAGAGGGAGGGGGCGAAGGGGAGGAAAGGGGACGAAUCUCUGGAGCUGCUGCUCAACGACUUGGGACUUUGA